AUGAAAUGGACUAAAUAUUCACGUCAGCAUAUUAUGGGAAAUUGGUGGUGUAUCAUAAUGGGAAUUUUCUUAAAUUGCCAAUUUAAAAAUCAACAAAUUACUGUUUUAUCUCUCCAUGAAGAUAGCCUAAAAUCGAUUUAUAUUGGUGGAUCUUUUUCACUCGAUGGCGAUGGAACUAGUGUUGGUGACUGUCUAAUUGCUACUCAUUUUGCUUUAGAACAUAUUAACAAUAAUUCUAAUAUACUGCAAGGGUAUAAUUUAAAAUUGAUUUCGGGUAAUGCUAGGUGCAAUGCUGGUGUUGGUAUGAAGGUCUUAUUCCAUCAAUUGAGUACACCUCCGAAGAAGCUUAUGAUAUUGGGAUCUGCUUGCUCCACUGUAACCGAACCAAUGGCACAAACUUCCAGAGAAUUCGACCUUGUUCAGAUUUCCUAUGCAUCAGUAUCACCAGCACUUAGCAACCGAAAAUUUUAUCCUAAUUUUUUUCGAACGCGUUCAUCGGAAAAUGAACGAAUCAAACCUAAUUUCUCUAUCCUAAAACGAUUUAACUGGAAAAAUAUCGCUGUAAUGGUGGAAUCAAUCAACUUGUAUACCUCGCUAGCAGAUCGUAUCAUUAGUAUAGCCAACUCAUCUGGAAUCAAUAUUGUUGUUUCAUAUACAUUUGAAACAAAUAAAGAUCCGUUGCAAGGACUAAGCGUAAUCAAGAAAUCUUCUGUUCGAAUAAUAUACACCGGCUUCUUCCCUUCGCCAGGCCGCCGUCUAUUAUGUCGUGCUUACCAUCUGGGUCUAACUCCACCAAAGUACACUUGGAUUGGCCCUGGUUGGUUCACCCAACCCUACUGGUGGAGAGGACGCGAUAGUGGCAAAGUUGUUAUUGGCAAUGUAGAAUGUAGUGAUGCUGUUAUGGAUAGUAUGGUGGAAGGAUUUUUCUCUGCUGAUCCUUUACCACUAUCGCCCAACAAACUACCGACAGUUUCUGGCCUGACACCUGGAGAAUGGAUACAAGAUUAUGACAUAUAUCGUCAACAGCCCCAGUUUCAUGAAUUUCUAGGAGGCAAAAAGUUCGCUGGAUUUACAUAUGAUGCAACUUGGGUUAUAGCUUUAGCCCUUAACAAUUCUAUGCAACGUCUAGUAGAGAAUAAUAAGACUUUAGAGGAAUUCGAUUAUAAUGAUAAAGUGUACCUGGAUAUCUUCAGGUCGGAAAUGGCUAAAACUAAAAUUGAUGGUGUGACGGGUCCAAUCGCGUUUACUGAAGCAGGAGAUCGAUUAGGAGUUGCAAUGCUGGGAAGACUAGAAAAGGGAAAGAAUGUCGAGAUUGGAUUAUACUAUACAGAAACGGACAAUGUAGUGUGGAAUAAUUCUGUCAACAUUAGCUGGGGAACUAACGACGGGAAACCACCAAUUGAUCUACCAGCUAUUAAAAUUCACAAAGAUACUGUUCCACUCUUCCUAUAUAUUACUAUGGUAGUGCUAUCUGGAUUUGGAAUAGCCCUGGCAUUGUUUUUUAUGACAUUUAAUAUGUUAUAUCGAAAUAAUAGAAUUAUCAAAGUAGCUAGUCCAAAUAUCAACAAUAUCAUUGCCGUUAGUGCCAUAUUCUGUUACCUAUCCAUUAUCUUUCUUGGUAUGAAUGCGGAAUCGGUCGGUACAAAUAAGAUCUUAUUGCGAACCGCUUGCUGGGCUAGAACAUGGUUACUCUUACUUGGGUUUAUGACAGGAUUUAGUGCAUUAUUCACCAAGACUUGGCGUUUGCAAGUUAUUUUUUCUAAUAGAAGUGCUAAAAGCAAGGUUAUUACGAAUCAGCAAUUGUAUUUAUUUAUUGCUAUGAUAGUCCUGGUCGGUAUCGUUAUUCUAACGGUGCAAGCAGUUAUCGAUCCGAUUCGAAUCAUAGAACGUAAUACUACGGAGGAAACUAGCUUGAAUGACGAUAUAAUAAUUAUCCAUAACAGCAUUACUUGCUCGACUAAUAUGCCCGCUGUAUGGCAGAUAACUAUGUUAGGCAUUAACGGAGUUCUGUUAGCUUUUGGGUUAUCGCUGGCUUGGAGAACUCGUAAUAUCUACAUUACUGCUGCGAAUGACUCAAAGUAUAUAGGUUUAGCUAUUUAUAAUGUCAGUGUUUUCGCUGGAACAGCAGUUGUUGUGGGAUUAGCUAUUGUUAAAAUUAAACGGCAAGGAUUAUCUAUAUCACGGAUUGGAACUCUGGAAAACCGACCUAAAUCGACAAUCAGAUCGAGAGGAGUCACAAAUACAGUGCAGUCUCAGACAGGAAGAUCCACUGAAGACAUUGUAAAAGAAAAAGAUGAUGAAAUUAUUGAAUUGCAUAAAACAAUUGAGGAAUUGAGAGCCUCCAUAGAAAUAAUCAGAAGUAAGGCUUUUGAUACAAGACAUGAGGCCAUUGCAAUAGUAGGGGUAAGCUGCAGUAAAUUAUAA